AUGGUGCAACCCCGCAUGGUAAGCUACCCCUCCACAAUUCGCGGACCCUGCCAAAACGGCCAACCCCAGCACGCAAAAGCUAAUAGCGCAACGCAGCUCACAAAAGCCGACGAAACGUCAGGCAAUGAUGAGAAUGAGGUCCGACGCGAGGAUCAGGAGAAGAUUAAUCGAUUUAGUCGGUUGCAUCAGCGGGAGACUGUGCUUGAGGAGCAGUUGAAAGGGAAGCAGAAGGAUAAGGAGGAUUUAGAGGAGAUUUCGAUGGAGUUGGAGCUUGCUGAUGAGGAUGAGCUUGUGCCUUACAAAAUUGGAGACUCUUUCUUCCAACUACCGCUAUCAGAUGCUCAGGGGAUGCUCUCGUCAUCAACGGAGAAGAUCGACGCAGACGUCACCAAGCUGGAGGACUCGCUCGGUGAACUGCGUGAGGAAAUGCAACAGCUGAAGGUUGCGCUGUACGCGCGGUUUGGUCGCAGCAUUAACCUGGAGACUUAA